AUGCUCAUUUUGCCCAAAAUUUCUCCGUCCAGCCAGUCCAGUUCUCAGGGUCGAAAGCGACCUGCAACAUCUGCUCCAUCUAUAAAAAGCAGAGAAACGCAGAGCACCGAAAUCACCAAAACCACCAGCACCACAGCUUAUAAACGUAACUUCGAACAGAAACUAAUCGAUCACGGUGUCUAUCCCCCAGAAUACGAGUAUCCUAAUGGUCAGAUCCCGCCAAUACCGAACAACUGGUGGGACAUUAAUGAAAGAUUAGUCAGACCUCGACCUUCUCUUUCACCAUCAAAAUUUUCUGACAAAGAAUUCAAAGAAUUCAAGAAGGCAGAUGCACAUGCAUCUAAAGAGCAACCAGUAACGGUCUCGGUGAUUCCAAUUAUUGAAGGCAAGAUGCGUGACGCCAAAUGUGCCGGAGGUGGAUACCCAUUUGGAAACCUUGCUCCCCUGACAGACGGGACUCUUGCCGCUGGUAAGCCAGAUCAUUUCUACGGAGCUCGACCUGAACAGCUCGACCGAAAUAUUCGCAACGAGCUCAAUGAUCUUAUCAUUCCUUCGACACAGGACAGUCUUCCAAUGGCGCCAAAUUUCUUUCUGGAAGCAAAGGGACCCGAUGGGUCUGCUGCUGUAGCUAGAAGACAGGCUUGCUAUGAUGGCGCGUUGGGUGCUCGAGGUAUUCAGAGUCUUCAGCCAUAUGGGCAAGAUAACCCAGCCUAUGAUCACAAGGCUUAUACUAUUACAUCAACAUACCACGAUGGGACGCUCAAGUUAUACACCUCUCAUUGCACGAAGCCAACCGAUUCUGGAAAUCGUCCUGAAUAUUUUAUGACUCAACUCAAUACUUGGGGCAUGACUGGCAAUGCAGAUACCUUUCGGCAUGGAGCUACUGCAUAUCGAAAUGCCCGUGACUGGGCGAAGGAAGCGAGAGACGCACUUAUUGAGGCUGCGAACGGAAAGGUUCCAGGAGUGUGUACAGAAUCUCAGUCUUUUGCAUCAUCUGGCAGUGGGACAGUUUCUUUUUCAACGGCUGGCCCAGUUUUCGUGGAGUCUGAUACUUCAGCUGACGAAACGGACUCUGAGUAUGUGGACGCCCCGCAAUGGAGCUUUACAGACCAUAUUGGAGACGAGGUGGAAGAGGGAGAUGGUAAUACCCUAGAAAUAGGUAGGGGACAAUUCAAAAGGCAAAAGUUGGAGGCAAGAAAAUGCCACGUCUGA